UUUGCAAAAUAAAAGAACGUCAUCUGAUACAGAAAUAAAAAAGUGAAUCCGUACAAAAUCUGCAUUUCUUUUCCAAUUCGUAAACAAAUUUUUUAUUUAAAAUAAUUAAAACUAAACGAUACUACCAAAUUUAUUUUCACAAUGGGUUGCGCUUGUUGUAAAGAUAGCUCAGAAGAAACCGAAUUAAUGCCAUCAGUUGAAACCCGAAGAAAACUACAAGAAGAAGCCGCUGAAAAACGUCGCCAAGAAAAUGAACAACGAGGCAUAAAAGAUCCGGAAAAAUUCCGUCGUCAACAAGAGCGUGCAGAGGAGCUGGAACGUCGAGAAAAGGAGGCCGAAAAGUAUGGUGGUGCCCCCACAUUGAAGUGGCAACAAGAUUAAAUCGAAGCACAGUCAUCAUAUAUCACAUCAUCAUCACAGCUAAAAUAUAUCACACCAAAUAAAAAAAUAUUAAAAACAAACAAAUGUCUGUUUGGGACAAAUUGAGGAGAGGGAUAAGCAAUCUAAAAUCUAUUUUUAUACCUGAUAACCCAUAAUAAAAUCAAUCAAAAUGGGUUAAUCCAAAGUGUUAUUUCGACUUUUCUAGAACUUUUUAUACUUCGCUUUGUUAUAUACGUCGUUUUGUAUUAUAAUUAUUAUUACAGUUAUUAAUGUAUUUGUUAUUGUUUUUUGUUAUCAUUUUUUUUUCUUCAAAAAUUAAAAAUAAAAUUGUUCUUAUUCUCGUGA